AUGAGUGCUAGCAAUGCCAGCGCACUGGAUGAGCUGGACAAAUGGUGGACGAGGCAGCGACCAAGAUGGAUGGAUGUUAUCUCAGAUUUUGCUGGCCAGGAAUUAUUUAUUAUCGAUGGAGACGCCUUGAUCGAAUAUGUUCUUGAUAAUAAUUUACUUGCACUUGGAAAGGAUGGCGAUCCUUCGUUUCAGCUCCUUCAUGCUAUCUGGCUGCUCGAAACAACUGUACAGAAACUCCUGUCAAGAGAUUGUGCUUUUGAAGUCGUGUUUUUUCAAUGCAAUCGCCACUUUGCUAUGCAACUUGGAGAAAGUGACAAUAUCGUUGCUGCUAGAACUUUGGCUCGGUCAAUCUUGUCGAGAGAGUUAUCCCAAUUACCUGGCAUUGCUUCGUAUCAUUUUGAAAACUUGGAAUCUCUGCAAUGGAAAAAGUACUUUGAACACACUCGGCCCAUGUUUUAUCUGGGAAGCGAUGGAUUCACAGGAACCGCACUAUCUACUGAAAAGAAUCUGGUGGCAAAGGUCUUCUUGUUUCAAAUCAUGGCUCAAGGAAUGCCAGUUGUUUUAUUGAAGCCAAUCGAGUUCAAAGAUAACUCAAAGAUGCUGAGUUUGGUCUAUGAUCGAAGUCGACACAACACUGUGCUCGCUCCAGGCAUCCAAGCAGCUGCUGACACCGCUCGAGAAACUUUAGAGUUAUUAAUACCGGCACCAAUCUCAGCAGCAUUACUGCAGAAUGAAGAUAUCAUCUACAGGGCUGCAUCAGCAUGCUUUGAGUCAGGCCCGAAAGAUCCGGUAUUGGAAGCCCUGCUCUUUCUUUAUAUUGCCCAUGUCAAACUCCUUGAGUACAUACCAUUACCAGAAAGAGCACAAAAGCUGACUGUAGAUAAAACUCCCCUUCUCGCAUAUCUUGAAACCACUUUUUUCCCCUUCCUGUAUAAAUGUAUCACUGCAGUUGUGGAUAGCAUCCCAGCCACCACACCUCUUCCAUUCCUCCAUUUAGACGGACGUAUCUUCUAUCAGCUUGUAGUAGAGACCAUUUCGCAUCCCUCGUUGGGUGAUGUAUUAGGUCAACCUGUAUUCGAAUCCGUGAGUCAACAAUGGAUGACUAUCACCAAGAACCAUGCACCCGAUAUGAAUAUCCUUCAACGUCAAUUUGGGUCGAAUUUGUCUAAUGGGAUAGAUGUAUCUAAACCAACAGUGGACGACAAUUUUAAGAGUCUAUUACCAUUCUCCAAUCCGAUAUUCGACGGGCAUCUUAAAGAUGUCCACGUCAGGGUUGAUGAGACUGACUCGUCUCUUCUGGCAAAUGCGGCUGGUCCUCUUGGUUUCCAGUCUGUGUUUGUGGAUGAUAAGCACUGGCACAAUGAAAAGCCGCUAGUACAGAAGCUAACUGAAAGAGAAACAGCUUGGCAACAGAAGAAGAAGCUUCGACAGGAGCAGAAGUUUAUGGCUCAUAUGCAGAAAUCAGCGGCUAGUCUUACAGGAGCGUCUGGUGCAAUCUUGCGAAAGAUCACCAUCCCAAUGGUUGGCAAACGAAUAACAUCUGCUGCCUCGGCAUCAACAGCCAAAUCCAAGUCUUCAUCAGCCAAACCAGCCAAGGAAUCGAGGCCUUCGUCGUCAUCUUCGUCGUCAAAAAUGAGUAAAGCAGAUCAGAUUAAAGCUGAAAACAUUGCUAAGAAAGAAGCAGAGGAACGUUUAGGCAAUGAGAAAUGGUGGAAGGAAAGACUUAUCGAACUUCGCCCUCUCGAUGUCUCAGCUCAAAUAGAGCUCAUUGCUGGAUUCAUUGCCAGCAAGAGAACGUCUGAAAAAUGGCUUGGUACAGAGAUCAUGUUGAAACGACUGGACCUUGAAAUCCAAAAAUGGAUUGCCGAUCCAAAACGUGAAGAUCCGGUUGUUGUGGAUGGAUACCGAGUAUAUCUUGCUCGAACUAUUGUAAAAGUCUUGCAAGAUGUAUCUCGUGGUAAACUAUCUAUGAGUGUUACGCAAGGAAAGGCAUUCGUUGCCAUAAUCGAUACUCUUAAUUUGAGAUGUAUGAUUCCCGAUGGUCUUGUGUUGGGAGAGGAAGUGGAAGCCAAGCCAACUGCUGAAUAUACGAACUCUAAAUCUGGUGGUAAGAAGGGUUCUUCAAAGAAGGAAAAGCCCGCUGUUGAAACUAGUGCUCCAACCGGAAAGGAUGCCGCAUUGUCAUUUGAACCUGUGCCCUUAUUGAAGAAGAACAAGGCCAUAUAUGAAUUCAUGACGUUGAAGGAGGACCCGAUCGAAUUUCAGCUUCGAUGUAUGGGCGAGUAUAUGACACGGAGUUUGGACAGUCAACCAGACUCUCGAGUAGAUUUCGAACCCGAUAAAUGGCAACGUGAAGUGCUUGAUGGUAUCGAUAAUGAUGAAUCCAUGCUGAUUGUUGCACCGACGAGUAGCGGAAAAACCUUCAUCAGUUUUGCUGCAAUGGAGCGUGUGCUUAGAGAAUCUGAUGAUGGCAUUGUGGUUUAUGUCGCCCCCACGAAAGCUUUGGUAAAUCAGGUCGCCGCGGAGGUGUUUGCUCGAUUCUCAAAGACUGUACCCUCCAUGAAUCUAUGGGCCAUUCAUACUAGAGAUUAUCGAAUCAAUGAUCCACAAAAAUGUCAAGUGCUUGUUACAGUACCUCAUAUCCUAUCUAUCAUGUUGUUAUCGCCAGCUAUUGCUGAGAAGUUUACGUCUCGUAUUCGAAGAGUGAUUAUCGACGAAAUUCAUUCGAUAUCCGAAGAAGGCGCUGGAAAUAUUUGGGAGCAGAUAAUUCUUAUGAAUCCUGCACCUGUGAUUGGAUUGAGUGCUACUGUUGGUGCUCCUGAACGAUUCUCUGACUGGUUGAAAUCCGUGGAAAGCAAUAGAGGACGCCCUUAUAAAUUCGUCCAUCACAGACACCGAUUUAAUGCUCUCAGAAAGUUUGUGUAUGCUCCAACUGAAGUCUCUACCAAGUUUGGACCACUUCAAGAGCAUCAACCCAAUCCAUCUGCAUUCCCGCAUGUGCAUCCUAUUGCUGCAUUGGCACUAGGACGAUCAUAUAUGCCCGAAGACUUGUCUCUUGAACCACGAGACACACUCUCCCUAUGGAAGGCUAUGGUCAAAUCAGGUGGUCCAAUGGACGCGAAGCUGAAGCCAGCGACGUUUUUUGCCAAAACGCCGUCUGUAGCACUCAAGGAAGUCAUUGUGUACGAGAAAGAUCUCAAGGAGACUCUAUUGUCUUGGUUGAAUGAUCCUAAACUACAGGCACCGUAUCAUAGAGUUAUAGAUAUCUUGUCGGAUCCACUCACCGAUGCACUGACAGCAGGAAAGGCUUCUGUGCAAGUUGAUGAAGACUCGGAUGAAUUCUAUGCCCUGUUUCUUCCACUCUUAUACGAUCUGAAUGCUCAGAAUUCGUUGCCAGCUAUCAUUUUUAAUUUUGAUCGAAAUGGUUGUGAAGUGAUACUGCAAAAUAUUGUAAGUGGACUUACAAAGGCUGAGACGGCAUGGAGAGCAACAUCAGUAAAGUAUCAAAGAUUGGUUGAGAAGGCUAAUGAGGCUGAAAAGAAUGCUAAAGCACGAGCCAAGAAGCUGGAAUCUAUGGCACGUAAUGCUGGAAAGGACGAUGAUAAAUCCCCAGCUGAUAAUGACGACUCUGUAUUUACAUUCGAUCCAAGUGCUCCAUCGCCUGAAUUCACCUUUGUUGGCAAGGGUAUUUCUCAAAUCGAGUUUGAGAAAGACAUUGCAGAAAUGAAGUACUUGGCCCUCCCAGACUUUAUUAUCGAUGGUCUUCGAAGGGGUGUUGGUGUACAUCAUGCUGGAAUGAAUCGACGAUACCGUGUUCUAGUAGAAAAUUACUUCCGACUUGGUGUCCUUCGAGUCGUCAUCGCAACAGGAACUCUAUCACUCGGCAUUAAUGCCCCCGCAAAGAGUUGUAUCUUUGGCGGUGAUUCCGUCUUCUUGACCGCGCUCAAUUUCAGGCAAUGCUCAGGUCGUGCUGGUCGUCGAGGUUUCGAUAAUAUUGGGAAUGUCGUCUUUGUUGGAAUUCCUCAAGAUCGUAUUCAGAGACUGCUCUUGUCUCGUUUGCCCAAACUCGUUGGCACAUUUCCCCUCACGACUACGCUUAUCGUCCGUCUCUUCAUCUUGUUACACGGUGCUCCUGGAGUCGAGUAUCCAAUCAAAGCAAUUGAAGGAUUACUGGCGCUUCCUCAGCUCUCUGUUACGACCAAUAUGGGACGUGAUCAGCUGUCUCAUUUUGUACGUUUCAGUAUUGAGUAUCUGAGACGUGUUGGGCUGUUGGAUUCUAUUGGACGACCUCUGGACUUGUGUGGCAUGGUCUCGCAUUUGUAUCCAUACGAGCCAUCAAACUUCGCCAUCGCCGCACUCCUCCAUUCCGAAGAGCUACACAAAAUUGCUGCUGACAUUGACACAAACCCUCUCGACACCAUCCAGAACCUUUGUGUAGUAUUCGCCCAUCUAUUUGCACGUGUUAUUCGUAGAAGACAAAGCCCCGAGUCUUUAGCAGACUUGAUUGGACGCUCUGCAUCCCAAAUAAUUCUACCACCAUUGCCCAAGGGCGUGACUGCGGUGCUAGAUGCUCACAACAAGGCCAUCGUUACGACAUUUGCCAACUAUGCACGGGCAUACGCGGCGGAAUACGCAGCAAAGCUAGGAGUUGAUGAUACUCUCCCGCUCUCUGGACGUAAAAUUCAGCCAGUUAGUAACAGCCCUAGUAGUUUCGUAAAGAAGUUAGGCCAAACGAAGAUUGCAGUGUACAGUCGCUCACCGUUUGUUGCCACGUCAGGACAUGAUGAUUCGUAUGCCAUGGUGUCAGAGUUAUCUGAUUCUGCUCGAUCAGGAUUGUCUUUAUCAAAGAAUGCAGUACCCUUCUUUUCGACGUUAGAUGAAUCUGAACUUCAACUUGAUGCGUAUGCUCCUGACUUCUUGAAACAUGGUUCGCUUACAGUCCUGGUUCGAGACAACUGUGUCCGCAGAGGAGACGCAUGGUUCUUGCUACAAGACUUUGAUCUGGCUCUCUCGACAAUCAAGCAGUCACUAGAACGACUCUUGGGACAUAAAGAAGACUCAGAGGAUGACGGAAACGACUCUGAUGAAGAGAAGGAUGAUGAAACUGCUAAUGGUGACACCGUCGAGUCUGCCAGCGUUACCGGAGUGUCUCCAGAGAAUGUCAAGCUGAUGAAGGCCAUCACUUUGCUCAACGACACAUUCCAUGACAAGUUUAGGAAAAUAUUCUCAUAG